AAGAAAUAUCUUCGAAAAUCAAAAAUGAAGUUUUCACUUACGUGCCGGUGCUUGGCACUAUUUGUUCUCCUAAAUCACCCAACCCCAGUUCUUCCUGCUUCUUCAAAUCAAACCUAUCCAACCAUAGAGUCCGAGCCAUUUCUGUAUGUCAUAGGCCGAAAGAAGAUGAUAGAUGCACAGUACAAAUGCUAUGACCGAAUGGAACAGUUACCCCCAUAUCAAGGAGAAGGUCCAUAUUGUAACCGCACCUGGGACGGAUGGAUGUGCUGGGAUGACACUCCAGCUGGAGUAAUGACCUUUCAGUACUGCCCAGAUUAUUUUCCAGACUUCGACCCAUCAGAAAAGGUAACGAAAUACUGUGAUGAGAAAGGGGUUUGGUUUAAACAUCCUGACAACAAUCGAACCUGGUCCAACUACACUCUGUGUAACGCUUUCACUCCUGAAAAACUGAAGAAUGCAUACGUUCUGUACUAUUUGGCUAUCGUGGGUCAUUCUUUGUCGAUUUUCACCUUAGUGAUUUCCCUAGGGAUUUUCAUGUUUUUCAAGAGCCUCAGCUGCCAAAGGGUGACACUGCACAAGAACAUGUUUCUCACUUACAUUCUAAAUUCUAUGAUCAUCAUCAUCCACCUGGUUGAAGUAGUGCCCAAUGGAGAGCUAGUGAGAAGAGAUCCGGUGAGCUGCAAGAUCUUGCACUUUUUUCACCAGUACAUGAUGGCCUGCAAUUAUUUCUGGAUGCUCUGUGAAGGAAUCUAUCUUCACACACUCAUCGUGGUGGCCGUGUUCACAGAAGAGCAGCGCUUGCGGUGGUAUUAUCUCUUGGGCUGGGGGUUCCCACUGGUGCCAACUACUAUCCAUGCUAUUACUAGAGCACUGUACUUCAAUGACAACUGCUGGCUGAGUGUGGAAACCCACUUGCUUUACAUAAUUCAUGGUCCUGUCAUGGCGGCGCUAGUGGUCAAUUUCUUCUUUUUGCUCAACAUUGUCCGGGUACUUGUGACCAAAAUGAGGGAAACCCAUGAGGCAGAAUCGCAUAUGUACCUGAAGGCUGUGAAGGCUACCAUGAUCCUCGUGCCCUUGCUGGGAAUCCAGUUUGUCGUCUUUCCCUGGAGACCUUCCAACAAGAUGCUUGGGAAGAUAUAUGAUUACCUCAUGCACUCAUUGAUUCAUUUCCAGGGAUUUUUUGUGGCGACUAUCUACUGCUUUUGCAACAAUCAGGUCCAAACCACCGUGAAGCGCCAAUGGGCACAAUUUAAAAUCCAGUGGAGCCAGCGCUGGGGAAGUCGCCGCUCCCACCGUCGCUCUUCUCAUGCUGCAGCCUCUGCUGAAGCAGGUGACAUUCCUGUUUACAUCUGCCAUCAAGAGCCCAGAAACCAACCCACCAACCACUAUGGUGAAGAGAGUUCUGAGGUCAUCGCUCUAAAUAUCAUAGAACAAGAGUCAUCUGCUUGA